AUGGUGAAUAAUCAAAUUGAAUUCAACAAAAAAUAUCCUAUCAAAGGAACAAAAGAAAUAGAAAUCACUCGUAACCGAAAUUUCCAAGGACCGCUAGUUGUUGAAGAUUAUCACGAUUUAGAAAAAUUAAACUUACGAGAAGUUAAGAAGUUAGUGAUUGAAAAUUGCUUCCAAAUCAAGAACUUGAAUGUUCGUCGAAAUCUUUUAACUGGUUUAGAAUUUAUAAAAGACUUAAACAAUUUAGAAACACUAGAGUUAGAUGAUCUACGAGGAUCAGACAAAAACACUCAAGAGUUGUUAAGGAAAAUUCGAAUUUUAGAGAAAGCAAAGAAUGAUUUAUCUAUUAAUUUUAAUCUUUCUCAAAAAAAAUAUAAUGAUCUGAAAAACUUUUUAAAAGAAACUUUAAUUUCUCUCUCUAAAGAAGCUAAAGAAGAAUUAGUAAAUAAGUUGAAUAAAAAGAUUGAAACAAAAGAAGAUUUUUUUGGUCCUGGAAAAACCGGAGAACUGAUGACAAAUGUAGAAGAGGUUAUUAAAAGUGUAGAAGAAAUAAAAAAAGAGUUGGAAGCAAAAGUCCAAAAAUUAGAAAAAGAAUUAGCAGAAGCCAAAAAUCAAGCUGAAGAAAGAGAAAAAAGAUUUGAAGAAUUAAAAGAAUUGGUAGUUGCAACAAAACAAAAGCAAACCUCGGCAGUCCAAACUACUGUUUAUAAAGAAACUCUUGAGUUUUUAAGAACUAAGUCAACUUUUCUUGAUGCUCGUCGUCAAACUAUCAAUGAACUAGAAAAUCGCUGUAACGAUUUAGAAGAAUUCCUUAGCAAUAAAAAUGCUAAGUUUGGAAUAAUAGGUGAUGCAAUAAGCGAUACAGGAGGAGCCGCUAGUUCCACAACAAUAUUUGGAAUAAUUCCUAAGGGUUUAGGAGAAUUCAUUAAGGCCAAAAACGAACUCUCAAAAAUAAAGUUCCUGGUCAAAAGCAGCGAAGAAUUUCAAAUUGUUUUGAAGAACGAGAACGAAUUAACUUAUUUUGAAAAGAAUUAUGAUCAUCUAAUUGACUUUAUUCAUAAAAACGGUGGAUUAGAAAAUCUAGAGGUUAACAUUCUAAACUUAAAAGACAAGCAAGUGUAUGGUAAAUCACAUUUAUUUAACGAAUCAUGUGAAAUAUUUUCUAUUCUUGAAAGUAAAGGCGUUUGGGAAGGAAAAUUAUUAAAUUCCGAGGCUAUGAAAACAGCAAUAAUGUCUCUUUGUGAAAACUUAAAUAAAGAGUUGGAAAAAGAGUGA